AUGAACAACGAAUGGGAGGAGACAGACCCGAAUGAUCCAACUUGGGAAGAUGACGAGGGCUCAUCAGUCUUCAACCGCUUGCAGAGGAAUCACGAAUACUUCAAACCGCGACAACAUGUCGGGUAUACAGAAGAAGCUGAAAGGGAUUUCCGCCUGGCCUACAGGCCAGCGGAAGCUGCGGAGCAUUCAAAAUUCAUCCCGAAAAUCGCACUAGCGCCGCUUUCAAGAGAAAAGUUACCUCCGACUGUCGGGAAGUUCAACGGAUUGACUGAUCCGGAUGAUCACGUCAGAACUUUCACCAGCGUAGGUUGCUUGGGUGGUUGGAACAUGCCUAUGUGGUGUCACUUGUUUAUUCAAACCCUUACCGGGGCUGCUCGCGCCUGGUUCGACAGCCUUCCACCAGGGAAGAUCAAAUCAUGGGUAGAUUUCAAGACACAGUUUUUGAGCUACUUCAGCCAACAACGACGCUACCAGCGUGACACUGCUGAAGUAGAAGAUAUCUGGCGAAGGGAUGGUGAAGGUCUGGAAGAUUUCAUCACCCGUUUUAACAAGGAAUGUUUGGAGAUAGGCGGCGUAAGCGAACAACUCAUGCGUUGUCAUUUCAAGAAAGCCAUUCGCUGCAAAGACGGAAUGCCAAAAGAAUGGGAUAAACUCAUGGAAGCCGCAAAAAUUGUUGCGCAAACCGAAGAAUCACUCCCUGGGAACAAAAGUUAUCACUCUGAAGAUCGAUUCUCCAGAGGGAACACGCGCGACAACAACAGGCGCAACAGAUACAAGGGUAAUGAUUGGAAGUCUGGGAGACCAAGGGGCCAUGAUGAAAGGCCGCGCUAUAGGGAGGACGCGGGUGAAACAAUAGACCGGAUCGGUUACAGGAAAGCAGUCAAGGAUGAUAAUCGUGACAAGCACUGGACUCCGCUCAUAAAAACGCCAAAAGAGGUAUUGAUGAUGGAGAACCACGAUUUCAAGGCUCCCAGACCUAUGACGAACAAGAAGGGGCAAGAUCCCAACUUGUACUGUGAUUUUCAUAAAGACUCAGGGCACCUGACCGAUGAUUGCUAUAGUUUGCGCCAAGAGAUCGAGAAAGCGCUAAAGAGCGGUAAGCUAAGCCACUUGGUGAAGAACGUGCACAAGGAAACUCGUUAG